CCAUGCACCACAGUGCACGGCAUAGAGUCUGAAUAAGUGUUACAUGAAUCAACUGACAAGAAGAAGAGGAGAAAAGGACAAUAUAAGAGAGGAGAAGGAGCAAGGCUCUGCUAAGGAUUGUCAUCUCAAAUUACUGGCUUGCCAGGAGACCAAGUCUGCUUCCUGAAGAGGACUAUAACACCAGCAAGAAGAAGAACAAAGGCUUUCUUCCUUCUCGUCUGGUUUCUUCACUUCAUUCUUUCGCUUUUCCAGCUUUUUCCAGAGAAAACUUGUCCAGGACCAGCAUUUGACUGCAUCUCUCUGCAAGUGACAUGGUGGAUGUCUCUGUUUCCAGAACUAUAAGGGUGAAUUUUAGGGUGAAAUCCUUUGCACAGAUGUUUCUUACAGUCUAUAUCAAAUCACUUUUACUGUUUGUUUCAUAUAACACCAAUUUUGGUUAUAUUGAUGACUCCAAAAGAACCUGAAAAUUAUUCACAUGACAGUUUUGGUGUCCUUUUUCUCAAGUCCUGUGACUUCUAGGUCCUGAGUGAUUGCUCAUUCCUAUGAUCAUCAAGAUGAAUAAAUGGUAUGGUGGGGUUCUGAUGGCUUCCUUGUUUACAUUGUUUAUGCUUCUGAUACUGAGAUAUGGGGUCAUGAAAAACCCUAUUGGCGAAGGCUAUCUAACUAUAUCUAACAUCUCUAAUGGCACUAAUCCUCUUAAAUGGAUAAAUCCUGGGGUUCCACCUGCCAUUCAAAAUCCGGUGAGUUAUUCUCAAGUGAUUUCUGCUGAUCUUGUCGUGUCAACCCUCUUUGAUCAAGGCAACUUCUCCAAAGAAGAGCAACAAACUCUGCAGACAUGGAACCAAUUGAAACACUUGACUGGUCAUGCCCAGGGUUUACCUAAUGCAGUGGAAGCUAUCAAGGAAGCUGCAGGAGCAUGGAAUAAUCUCAUGCACUCAGUUGAAGAGCGAAGAGAAGGUUAUGCAAGUGACAGUUUAGAUUGGAGAAUGAAAGAGAAGCAAUGUCGCCAUUUUCUUGAUAACAUGAAUUCAACAGGACUUGAUAAUAGUAGUUUCAGAUUGCGAUUUCCUUGUGGCCUGACACAAGGUUCUUCUGUGACUGUCAUUGGCAUCCCCUAUGGUCUUCUUGGUAAUUUUCGAAUUGACUUGACAGGAGAACCUCUUCCUGGGGAGCCUGACCCCCCAAUUAUUUUGCACUAUAAUGUGAGGCUUCAUGGUGAUAAAAUCACUGAAGAUCCUGUAAUUGUCCAAAACACCUGGACUGUAGCUCAUGAUUGGGGUGAAGAGGAGCGAUGUCCAACCCCUGCUCCUGGCAAAAUCAAGAAAGUUGAUGAGCUUUGGCAAUGUAAUAAGAUUGUAGGGAAGAACAUUAGCCAACUUUCAAUUUCUGGCCUGAAUUCACACACUUCAGGGAAACUUUCAGCAUCAGGACAUUCUAAAAAUAAAAAAUACUUUCCUUUUAAGCAAGGAAUACUAUUUGUUGCAACUCUACGGGUUGGAUCAGAGGGAAUCCAGAUGGCUGUUGAUGGAAAGCACAUAUCAUCAUUUGCUUUCCGCGAAACUUUGGAGCCAUGACUUGUCAGUGAAAUGAGAAUUUCUGGGGACAUCAACUUGAUUUCUGUUCUUGCCAGUGGUUUGCCCACUUCAGAAGACACAGAACAUAUUAUUGAUCUGGAAUCAUUGAAAUCAAUAACUCUAUCUGUGCGGACUCCAUUAGAUCUCUUAAUUGGUGUUUUCUCUACAGCUGACAAUUUUAAGCGUAGGAUGGCUGUUAGAAGAACCUGGCUGCAAUACUAUGCAGUUCAAUCCAAUACAGCUGCUGUGCGAUUCUUUGUCGGUUUGCAUAAAAACCAAAUAGUUAAUGAAGAACUGUGGAAAGAAGCAGAGACCUACGGAGACAUCCAGUUGAUGCCAUUUGUCGAUUAUUACAGCCUUAUCACUUGGAAAACUUUGGCAAUCUGCAUAUUUGGGACAGAGGUUGUAUCAGCAAAAUAUGUCAUGAAGACAGAUGACGAUGCUUUUGUUCGUGUCGAUGAAGUACUUGCUUCUUUGAAAAGGGUCAACAGGACUCGUGGGUUGCUUUACGGACUCAUAAAUUCAGAUUCCCGACCUCACCGUAGCACUGAUAGCAAGUGGUACAUCAGCCCUGAGGAAUGGCCUGAUUCAACUUAUCCCCCUUGGGCACAUGGUCCUGGCUACCUAGUCUCACAUGAUAUAGCUAGGAAAGUGUAUGAGAGAUGCAGAGAGAGUCAUUUAAAGAUGUUCAAGUUAGAAGACGUGGCGAUGGGAAUCUGGAUUGCAGACAUGAAGAAGGAGGGUCUGGAGGUUUGGUACGAGCACGAAGCGAGAGUGUAUAACGAGGGUUGCCAGGAUGAUUACGUGGUGGCUCAUUACCAGGGUCCAAGAGGGAUGCUGUGUUUGUGGCAGAAACUUCAGGAUGGAAAAGGUGCAAAAUGCUGUGGCAAUAGAAGAUGACUCCAAAACAUGACUGGCUACCCUAUAACUUUUACUAGUGUUACACCUCACAAAGGGGGAAAAAAAGGAUCUUAAAAAUCACUCCUUUUCAUGGAGAAUGUAUAAUUAGGGUUGUUAGUGUAGCUAGAAUUUAUUAGAAAGAGUUCAUGGCAGUACACAGUAGUAGUGUGAAAUUCUUUGAAGUAAAGCAUAUAUCCGUAUUAGAGAUA